AUGGUCGACGCCGAGCGAACGACGGCGCGAUCGACGACGCGGACCAACGCCUCGAGCUCGGCGUCGGCGUUUCUCGGCGGCGCCGCCGCGGGACUCGUCUCGAGCGCGGUGUUACAACCGUUCGAGGUGGUGAAGACGAAGAUGCAGGCGGAGCGCUUGCGAGGGGCGCGAGGGAUGUUCAAGGUGGCCACGGACGUGGUCACGCGAUCUGGACCCCGUGGACUCUGGUCCGGGGUCUCCGCGUCGUGCGUGCGAACGGGCCUGGGGGCUGGGUUGUACUUUUGCCUCCUCGAGCGCGUCACGCGAGAGCUCGCGUCGACGCUCAAGCGGCCGGAGAGCACGGCGAUGGAGCGAUCGAUGAUGACGUUCGCGACCGGGGCGAGCGCGAGAUCGGUGGCGGCGGUGUUGUUAAACCCGAUCACGGUGGUAAAGACGCGGAUGGAGUACCAGGGGGCGAGCGCGGGGGUGUCAAAGGGGUUGUUGGCCACGCUCGCGAGCGUCUCAAAGAGGGAGGGGGCGGCGGGGUUAUUCUCGGGGCUCGGAAGCACCGUCGCUCGCGACGCCCCGUUCUCGGGAUUGAAUCUGUUGAUUUUUACCAAGACUCGGUCGAUGAUGGCGGAGUUCGCGCGGAUGCAGAACCGCGAACCGGACGCCGCGGAUACGUUUAUCGCCGGGGCGCUCGCGGGGGCGGGCGCCACCUUUAUCACCCACCCGCCGGAUGUCAUUCGCACGCGAGUUCAACUCGGGCGGAUGAUGGCGUUGGAAGGAGGGGGGAAACCACCGGCGAUAUCGUUGUUGAAGAUCGUCAGGGAAGAGGGCGUGCGCGCACUGUGGAUCGGUUCGCUCCCGCGCGUGGCAAGGAGAACGUUUCAGCAGGCUAUCACGUGGACGAUGUUUGACGUUGUCUCGCGCGCUCUCGGAGGGUCGGACAUCUUGCAGCGGCACUGA